GAGCCCUCUGAAAAAAUAUGGUGGUCGAUUUAAUUCAUUGUUUCAAAACUUGGAGAUGAACCUAGCGUCGCUUACAGUAGCCCAUCUUCGUGAAUUCUGAAUUGAACGAAGACCUAUUUGUUCAAGAUGAUGGGCGGAUCGGGGCGGUCCGAGGAGUACAUAGGGCUGCCCCAGAUGGAGUCCCGAGAGGACAUGAAGCGAGUAGUGGAUCAGACUGGACAAACGCCCUCGAGUGCUACUGCUGCUUUCCAAGGCUCCUCACCUGGCAUGCUUUUCCUGAAGUUCCUCCUGUACCACGUUCCGUUCUUCAUCUUUUUGACGUACUUGUGGGCAGCCGACGUGACCUUGCCCGGGAGAUGUGCGGACGGCGUGUAUGUCUUGCCGUUGACGAUGACGGCGAUAGAGGCGAUGCCAUGGCACCGUUUUUUGUCGCCGAAAUCGUUGCAGUACGUUUUUCCCUUAUGUUGAGAAUCUCAGUUUGUCACUGUUCUUAGUCACUGUUAGAAUGUUGCUCACAUCUCCUACAGCAGGUGCUUGAAAUUUUCUAUGUCGACCCGUAACUCACUUCAUCUCGGACUUUCUUUCGUAUCAACCUCAAAAUCCUCGCUACUUUCAUACCCCCUCCGUGUCGCUUUACCGGUACGCCUCACGAUCGUCUACCUAGCACAAAUGUGCCAUAUGCACUUGCUCUUCGGCAUGUAUGGCGCAGAACACCUGACAGCAGAAGAUGUGACUAGAGCGCGCAACAAGGCAAUAGGAGCUGCCAACAAGUCUAUCACCCAUCUACGUGGACGAGGAACACAAACAGGGCUUGCUCUGAUAGUUACGGGUACCGCCACCCCAUCGUGGUCUACGACAUCUUUUAGCCCCUUUUCACUUGUAAAGAGCCAAAAGAUGAUGUUCAAAAAGAUGGGUUCUCGCGGCACCUCUAAGAUAGAUGACACCGAAAUAAAGCAUGGAGGUAGGUCGACAUCAAGAGGAGACCACAAACAUCUUCAAAGGGAAGAAGAGGACCAUAAAGAUCUAGAUCGUAGUAGUUCUAGCUCUCAUGAAGUCCAGGAAAGGAUACCUUUUCCGGGUGCCGAUCCGGUACCGCCGAGUCCCUUAUUGAAGACGAUGAGCGUCAUCUUGCCAUGCGCAGGGGAAGGAGAAUAUUAUGAGCAUUUACUUGAUCUUAUAGUCUAAAUCUAAGACCCAGAAAUUGUUUUUGAUGAUGUGAUUCUUCAUGUUUGUUCUUUUCACAAGAAGAAAAUCCCGCAUCCUCUCAAGAAAAAGCAUCUUCGUCUUCCCUUAAAGAAUGCAGGCUCUAAAUCUUCGCAAAAAAGACUGCAGAGUCGGUCUACAAUACGUGGAACCACGCUAAAGGAGACGAUCCUAACGACCCGCACCCAACACUCCAAGAAAUCGUGGUAGUAGACGAUGGGACACAGCCGAAGUUGGCUGAAUCGUUUCUGACGGAGGACGUGCAGAAGAAAUAUAGUAUGGCUGCACUAUAGAAUUUAGAAUGAAUUAUAUCGAAUGGUCCCAAGAAUCAAUGACAGUGUGUGACUUUAUAGAAGUAUAUGAGACAGUGUGUGACUUUAUACAUAGAAGUAAGUCACAUAUUAGAAAGACAGCACUGUAUGUAAACAUAGGGUCCUUUUUGCUCGCUAUUCUCACUCUUGAUCCUCCCUUUUUCUGUCCAUCCUCUUUCAUCCCCCGAAUCAAGGUCGUUCGCAACGACCACACAGUUGGCCUCAUCAACGCAAAGAAGAUCGGUGGAGAUCACGCAUCAGGCGACAUCUUGACCUUCUUCGACUGUCACGUAGCGCCACAAGGUGACUGGUACGAGAAAUUCUUUGAGAGUAUCAACGAAAACUACAAACGCAUUGUGGUUCCGUCAAUCACGGCGCUUGACGUAGGAACAUGGACGCAACAAGGCAACGGCGGGAAUGGUGUGGCCAAGUGCUAUUUGACCUUUGAUGCAGAUUUCAAAUGGUUCGAUAGUAAGGACAAUUACGUCCCACUCCUUAGUGGAGGUUUGCUUAGCAUGUCGAAGAAGUGGUGGGAGGAGACGGGCGGAUACGACAAGCAUAUGGAAGGUACCAUUGUUGAAUGAACUUUUUUCUUUUCAUAUCAAACAAAAAAAGGUACUUAUACUUAAAAAUCGAAAAAUUUGCUUUAGAUGGUAAACAAGCAAACAAAGUUUGAUCCUGAUCAUUUCUAACUUCAUCUACAGCUAACUUUAGAACAAGUAGCUGUGGAGUGAAAAAAUCGAUUCUUGCGUAUCAAGCUGGUUCUCUCUUAUUGGCCAUUUGAUCAGGUUGGGGCGGCGAGUACUAACAUUCAUUCUUGGAUCAGAAGGAAAACAAGAAAGGAAUGCUUGUGAUCAAAUUCCAGCUACCAAAUACCAAAACCGUCCAUCUCUCCCCUUUUGGAAGCAUUCACUGUUGUUCUUGAGGAAAGCCUCCUAUUACGGCAAUCCUCAAAAUUACAGUGAAUAGAGCUGCUCUAGCUGGUUCUCUCUUCUUGGCCAUUUGAUCAGGUUGGGGCGGCGAGAACAUCGAUCAGUCUUUGCGAACGUGGCUUUGCGGUGGUGAGAUGGUAACGAUACCAGAGGCGAAAGUUGCGCAUAUGUGGCGUCUUGGGAGUGACGCGCGAACCGCAAGACACUACUCUGUACCAGGAAAUGCAGUGUCUAAGAACAGGUUUAGAGCAGCGAAAGCGUGGAUGGGAGGGUACUUACAAAGUUGUAUAAUGAUUGUUUGAUCCCGUCUCUUAGUUACAUUAGAUCAAAGAGUAAUGAUGAUAACGAGAAAAACAAACAAUACCAAUGCACCUCAUAACAUCAACAGUUACGCCGAAAAAAUGGAAAACGGUCAGUUUCACGGCUACCAAGGGCCGCCCGGUUGGUAUGGAGAUUUGUCGAACUUGCUGCAAAUCAAGAAGAACAACAACUGUCGAGAGUUCGGAUGGUAUCUGAACCGAUUCCGCAACGUCUACAUUGACGGGGGGCUGAUCCCGGAAAAGACCUUCCUCAUAGAGGUGUCGAAUAGCGACAACCUGAAUGGAAAGAAACAUUAAGGCAGGACGAUAGGCUUCUACUUAAGUAAAUACAUUUUCCUAGAACGAUUAUGUGUGAAUGUUUAUGAUAGCAGUACAUAGCUUGCUUCCUCAAAGUAGAAUGAUUAUGAAUGUUUAUGAUAGCAGUACAUAGCUUGGUGCUUCCUCCGAGAUUGCUUCCUCAGAGACGAUUAGGUGUGGAUGUUUAUGCUCCUCAGAGAGCUCUUUCAUUGUUGAUCUUCCUCUCCUCGUUCUCUAACACGGAUGCCUCCGCUACAAGCGUGGACCCGGUACCAGCGGCGACGGUAACGGAGAGGUCGGCCUCCGUGCCUGCGACCCCAAAGAUGACCGACAGAGGUUUCAUGUCGCGAAUUUCAAGCAAGGAUUGCGAGCCUGGAACACCGAUCAGUGCCUGGUGGAUAGAGGCUCAGUCCACGAAAGCCAUGCUGACCCAUCGGUGAUCAAGACGACAGUGUUAUGAUGAUGGCGAACAUGUUUGUGUUAUUUCAUGUUACAAGUACGACUGUACACUAUUUUUUUAUGUUAUGAAGAUAGUUACAAUAAAAUGAAAAAUCCUUUGGUUUUCAACACGGACGAGAAAAAGUGCCAGUUUAUUUUACCUCCUCAAGAUCAUGAGAUGUACAACAAAACCGAGUCUUGGUCCCCUUUCAUACUCCUGCAACAUUGCUGGCCAAGAUCAUAGCCAGGUCUUCGUUUUGGACGAAAAGACAAACAAAUUGAGGAUUACGCAUGGUUGCUGGGGAGGCGAUGGGACUAAGCUGGAUGCGGCAAACUGUGAAAGCGACAAGACGGUCUUCACAAUGCUCGAUAUGGCGGAGCCGAUAGAGCGACAGCUCUUUAGGGAACAGGGAUACAACUGA